UGCAUACUCACCCUGUGGGUGUUUCUGCUAGAAGUUAACGAUCUGCUGAAGAAAACAGGGAAGGCACAGCCGGAUUCACUCAAAUCAAGACUCGAAGAGCUGAUUUUACCUCCCACGGAUUUUCUUUUUGAUUAUUUUUUAAGUGUCAUUUUUUUAUAGCUGUGAGGAGAAGAGAUUAAAAAUGUCUUUGAUGGACUUGGAGAAGCUGAAGAUGACGUGCGCUGGUCGGGCCAUGGCAGUGUUGACCAGCGGUGGAGAUGCACAAGGGAUGAAUGCUGCUGUCCGAGCUGUGACCAGAAUGGGCAUUUAUGUGGGGGCCAAGGUCUAUCUCAUUUAUGAGGGUUACCAGGGCCUGGUGGAUGGGGGAGACAACAUCAAACUGGCCAACUGGCACAGUGUGACUGACAUUAUCCAGCUGGGUGGCACCGUGAUAGGCAGCGCCCGCUGCAAGGCCUUCAUGACACAUGAGGGCAGGGUUGCUGCUGCCUUCAACCUGGUGAAAAAAGGCAUCACCAACCUGUGCGUGUGUGGUGGUGACGGCAGCCUUACUGGAGCCAACAUCUUCCGCAAUGAGUGGAGCAGUCUGCUGGAUGAACUCUUAAAGAAAGGAAGGAUCACAGACACUAUGGCUAAGCAGCAUAACAACCUGAACAUCGUGGGGCUCGUCGGCUCCAUAGACAACGACUUCUGCGGCACUGACAUGACCAUCGGAGCCGACUCUGCGCUGCACCGCAUCAUGGAGAUAAUCGACGCCAUAACGACCACUGCACAGAGCCACCAGCGUGCAUUUGUUUUGGAAGUAAUGGGACGGCACUGCGGGUAUUUGGCCUUAGUCUCAGGUCUGGCAUCUGGAGCAGAUUGGGUCUUUAUUCCAGAGGCUCCACCUCAGGAGGGCUGGGAAGAACAUUUGUGUGCCCGUCUACAAGGGAGCCGCACAAGGGGGGGGUCGAGACUGAACAUCAUAAUCGUCGCAGAAGGAGCCAUUGACAUAAAUGGCAAGCCCAUCUCCUCAAAUUAUAUAAAAGAUCUGGUUCAGAAAAGGCUGGGUUAUGACACCAGAGUGACGGUACUCGGCCACGUUCAGCGGGGAGGAAUUCCCUCAGCAUUUGACCGAAUUCUGAGCAGCAUAUUGGGUGUUGAAGCAGUGGUUACUCUGAUGGAGGCUACUCCUGACACCCCCGCCUGUGUCAUCGCCCUAUCAGGCAACAAAGCAGUCCGCCUGCCUCUGAUGGAGUGUGUGGAGAUGACUAAGUUGGUGCAGACGGCCAUGGAUGAGAAGAGAUUUGAUGAAGCUAUUAAGCUGCGUGGAGGGAGCUUUGAGAACAACUGGAAUAUCUACAAAACUCUCGCCUUCCACAAGCCUGCUCAGACUAAGAGCAACUUCUCUUUUGCUAUUCUGAACGUGGGCGCUCCGGCGGCAGGGAUGAAUGCUGCGGUGAGAUCGGCAGUGAGGUCGGGGCUCUCUCGUGGACACAAGGUGUACGGUGUCAAUGACGGCUUUCUGGGGCUCGCCAGUGGAUUGGUGUUUGAGAUGGAAUGGCACAGUGUGGCUGGAUGGACGGGCCAAGGAAGCUCACUGCUGGGGACAAAACGGACUCUUCCCAAUAAUCACCUGGAGAAGAUUGUGGAAACCCUCAGCAAGUUUAACAUCACAGCUCUGCUUGUAAUAGGAGGAUUCGAGGGGUACCAAGGUGUGCUGCAGCUCUAUGAAGCCCGGGGUCACUACGAUGAGCUCUGCAUCCCCAUGGUUGUUAUCCCUGCUACCAUUAGCAACAAUGUCCCGGGAACUUUCUUCAGUGUGGGUGCAGACACUGCUGUCAAUUGUGCAAUGGAGAGUUGUGACAAGAUCAAGCAGUCUGCCAGUGGGACCAAGAGACGAGUGUUUGUGGUGGAGACUAUGGGUGGAUACUGCGGAUAUCUGGCAUCCUCUACUGGCAUAGCGGUGGGUGCUGAUGCCGCCUACAUCUUUGAAGACCCAAUUAACAUCCGUGACCUCAAGACAAAUGUGGAACACUUAGCUGAAAAGAUGAAGAAGGAUGUCCAACGAGGUCUAAUUCUGAGGAAUGAAAAAUGCCAUGAAAACUACACUACAGAUUUCAUCCAUCGGCUGUAUUCAUCAGAGGCAAAGGGCAUCUUUGACUGUAGAGUCAAUGUGUUAGGACACCUACAGCAGGGCGGGGCACCUUCUCCCUUUGACAGAAAUUUUGGCACGAAGCUGGGUGUGAGAGCCAUCGACUGGCUUUCAGAGAAACUGACUGAGAACUACAGACAAGGCCGUGUGUUUGCCAACUCACCAGAAACAGCAUGUGUGAUCGGCCUCAACAGGAAGGUCAUCUCAUUCACCCCUGUCACCGAACUGAAGGAAAUAACUGAUUUUGAGCACCGAAUGCCCAAGGACGAGUGGUGGUUAAAACUGCGGCCAAUGCUAAAAAUGUUGGCCAAGUACCAAACCAGCUUCAACGAGUAUGUCCCAGGGGAGAUUGAACACGUGACUCGACGCUCCAUCAGCAUUGACACUGGAUUCUAGGCUCUCUAAAAAGACAGCUUGCUUUGCACCUUUUAACCUCUAUCCCUUCAUUUUUAAUUCUCAUGACCACUUAUAAUAUAUAGCCUUUCUUCAAGAGUGUGGGCUUUCAGUUUGGAAUACCUGAUUUCUUGUUUUCACAUUAAGAUAUUUUAAUGCUUUCCAUCAAAAUGCUGAACUCCCUUGCUCUGCCCUCAGAUAAACUGAUGACUGCACAGAUUUUGUGUGCUCCUACUUGCACUAAAUUUGCUUCUAUUUGCUCAGAGAAGCUAUGAUCUGGAGUGCUUUGUGCUCAGAUUUUUUUGUGUGGUUAGGGCGCGAACUAUAUGGGUUCAAAAGGCAGCUGGACAUUUACUCCAUGCCCACCUCUCAAACUGAAAGAUCACAGACUUUCUAAAUGCCAGCACUGAUCUCAGAUCAGUGCCACAGUAGCUUCAGUAUAUGAAAUCCUUUAACAGUAUUUAUUUAAUGAGGAAUUCUGUCUAUGGUUUUCUUAUUCAUUGUGCCAAGAUGCAAGUGAGGCUUUGUAUAUUUAAACUACUGCUCAACAGCCACGAGUGUCAUUAAACAAAACAUUUUAUUGAUAAACUACUGUAUGUGUGUUAUGA